UUUUUCUUAAAAAAAAAAAUAGAAGAUGGUUAUUGUAGAAGCAGGAAGUAAGGAGCUUAGUUCAGAGCAUAACCUUACUUGUUGUGAGAUACAGACAAGAAAUCCUGGGACAAUACAGACACAUGGCUUCUGAGGAGCCGCACUCUGAAGAUCAUGAGGCCAAACAACCUGUUGAGGACACUGAGCCUAGCACACUACUCUUUGAAACAACAGACAGAUAUCCAGUGCAAGAUACAGCACUUCCAAAAGUGACUGCUACAACCAAUUCUCCUACAGAGGACUGUUUUUUGACAGAUAUCAUAAUGGAGAAUCCAGCCCAUCCCAUUCCUGCCACAAUACCUGACUCUGACAGAAUAAAGCAGCCAGAAGAAAAUGACUGUCCAGUGACAACCAUCAAUGCUCUGUCAGAUUUAACUAAUUCUUAUAAAGAAAGCAGUGAAACCAGCUUGCCACCAACUAUUAGUGACUUGUUGGAUGAUGAGGAUCUGCUGUACACUCUGAAGAUAAAAUUGGAUCCGUGUCACCCUACAGUGAAAAACUGGAGAAACUUCGCCAGUAAGUGGGGAAUGAGCUACGAUGAAUUAUGUUUCCUGGAGCAGAGGCAGCAAAGUCCAACCAUUGGUUUCUUGUUACGGAACAGUGAGAGGACUGUGGAACAGCUGAUCGACUUGUGUAAACUCUAUAAAAGAGUUGAUGUUCAGAAAGUCUUGCUAAAAUGGGUCAAUGUUGAUUGGCCGAUGAGGGUCCAUAAAACAUACAGGAGCAGCGUGUGAUGACGAGUGCUGUGAACUGGAGACAUAAUUUUGCAUUGCAGAAUGUCUAAAUCAUUCAUGACCUGAUUGUAGUUUCUGUUGGCCAGGGAAGCUUUGGCAGUUCUAUAAAAGGAAUUAAAACAAUUUAUAGAUGAGAAAAAAAACUGUGCAAAACUGAAUGUUUUAACUCCGUCCUUAUUUUUCCUGUGGGCUAAGGUGGGAGUUUCAUUUUAGAUGACUCUAAAGUAGGCUUAUAGUUGUGUAGAUGUUACAUUGAAAAUUAUAUGUAUGACUGUCAUAUGCCAAACCCAUAAAUAUAUGCAUGUGAGUUUUUUUUUUCUAAAAGCAUGUUUUUUAUGCCAAUAAGCGUUAUAAAAAAAUAAAAAUAAAAAGGUACAAGUGCUCUGGUUAUAGUCUAGGCUGCUGCCCAAGCAUUCCUGUACCUUGGAAUAUAAGAUCUGCUGCUCUAAAAGGGGAAAUCUGACUACAGGGAUUGGUGAACCUGACUGCACCAUGCUCCCAGGAUGGACACCUAUAAGCGAAUCGCACCCUAGAGACUCAGUGGGAUCACAUCCAUAUACUUGAACCUAGUUGUGAUACAGGGUUCUGGGGGACCAUUUACAUCACCAGUAGAGUUACACAUUACUACUAAGCAAUACCAGUGAUGACCAGAAGAGCGCAUUAUCAUCCUCUGCACAGCACAAUUAUUGGCUCUGUAUGUAUGAUUAUACUUAAAGGGAUUCUGUCACCUCAGC